UCCCCACUUCUUCAUAUGCGUGAGAUAGAGAGGGAGAUGUUUGUGGGCGUCCGUACGAUCUUGAGAUCGUACCAUAGGGCCUUACACACGACCUCCUUUUCUUCAUCCCAAAACCCUCCUUCUGAAACCCUGAAGAGAAAAAUAGCGGAAUUGGAGAAGAUUCGGAAGACCGGCAAGAAGCGAAACCCUAGAAAAGACGAUUUCAUUGUCCACGUCCCCGAAUCCACCUCAUUUCUCGACACUGCUACGAUGCCGAUGGUUCUCACUGCCGUUGCCGUCGCCCUCCUCGCCAAGCUCCUCAUGAUGUAUGAUGAAUCCAAUGCCCAAGAGAGGAUUGAGCGCAAAAUACAGAAAGCUCCUGCUGAGCAAGGAACGGUGAGGAUGCUUAGUCGUGAAGAGUGGGAAGAAAUCCAAGAAGUAAGGCCAAGGACUCCUUUUGAAUCCAAGCUCGCUCGCCCGAAUGCACGUGUAAGGACUGGAGAGCCACUGAGCAUGGAGGAUGUGAAGGAUUGGACCAUCGAUGUGCUCACAGAUGCACUUACAAGAGUUGAAGAAACUGUCAGGCGCGGCACCAAGGAUAAGUGACUCAAAUUCACUCCUUAUGCUUUUUUUUUUUUGGAGAUGACAUUUCCUCCUAUGAAAAGCCUCAUCCCUCAAAUUUUUAUGCUUCCAUACUUGAAUACUCACAAGAAACCCUCUGUAUGGAUGAUGACUGGUGUGCAUCUGCUGUGUGUAAUUUCAGUAUGGCAGUGCAUCUGAUAUGGCUAUGCAAGCUUGGAUGACCAUAGGAAACACAUGAUGAGGAUGCGGAUGUCAAAAUAUCGGAACUGUGGGUCCUACUAUUCUUCACGUGGAGCCUGAGUAUACUGCACCCAUGUUAGACUUAAAAAAUGGCUGAUUUACUGUUGUUUUAGGUUUUUGUUAAUAAAUUUUGUACAUUAGAGGUGUUUAUGGCAGUUUUAAAGAUUUUUUUGGAUCAUGUUUUCAUAAAAUCAAGGUUUCCUUAUUAUCAAUGUGCUUUUUCUUCUUCUU